UGAAGAUAUACGUGAAUUGUCAGUGACGCCAACGCCGCUUGAUGCUGGCGAUGAUGACGAUGACAACGCAGGCGGUGCUGAGCAGGGGAAGUGGGAUGGUGGAGCAAGUCAGUGCAAGGGUGGUGGCUGCCUUUGUGGGGAGAAGGGGUGUAGCAGUGCGGAUGAGGACGGCAACAAGAAAGGCAAAGCAGCAGCAGCACCAAGCGAGAGCCAUGUCGUCCUCGCUGUCGUCGUCGCUGCGGACACGGACUUCGCAAACAUUACCCACACAAUCAACCACAACAGCACCAACAACGGCAGUGACAACAGCAAGAGUGGAGCAAUGCAGCUGCCAUCGCGUGCAGUGGCAGCAGCAGCGUCGACCAAUGGCGGCACUGGUCAAGGCCAUGGGAAAAGGAUCCUGGAAGGAGGAGGCAGACAGGCACCUGGCACUGAACCAGCAGCAGCUGAUCCAAGCGCUGACCAGCGAUUCCCGCAUGCUCACCGUCACCGAGGGGCGACAACAAUUCCCCGUGUUUGCACAGCUGCUCAGCACGGCCAUGCAUGCUCGCAUGCUCGGUGUCUGGCAGGACCUCAAAUGCAUGUACAACCCGUUGGACCCGGACAAGGACAUCAAGUCACUGCCACGCGCCACCACCGCGAAAGACGCCCUCCACGACUACCAGCGCUUCAUGUCUCUCUUCUCCAAGAUUGUCGACAACGCCAACUUUGAUCGUCUCCCCACGACACGGUUGGCGGCGGAGGUGCAACAGAAGGUCACCGCAGAGGGCGUGAAGGUGUCCGCAGAUCCGUCUGCGUUCCGGGACAUUCGCGUGUGGACGCGUGGGACGACGUACGCGGCCGAGCGCACAUGGCACCGACGGGCAACGACGCUGCUGCAGCGGCUGCGGGGCCAGCCUACUGAGGGCCCCAAGCACGUGUACCAGCGCGUGCUGCUGACGUAUCGCGACCCAACCAAUGCAUUGCACGUAAAACUCUUCAAGGACAUCGAGGACGACCGCCUCGAGCUGCUCCUCCCAAAUAUCCGAAUUGAAAUGUCGGACUUUGACAAGUACUUCCUGUACUCAUCCGUGGCCAUGGUGGGUAUGACCAGCGCAUACCGCCUCUUUAGCAACAGCGCCCUCACUAUGGGCGUGCUGAGCAAGAGUCUUGCUGUCGUGCUAGCGGCUGCGGGUGUGGCGUUGUUGCAGUACUGGACAGGUCUGCGCAACAACAGGAACGCGUACACGGCCAAACACACGCAGCUGCUGUACACCAACAACAUCAGCGACAAUCGCAGCGCCCUCGCCCUUCUCGUCGACCGCGCUACUGAGGAAGAGUAUGCAGAGCUGCUGCUCGCUUAUUUCUUCCUGGUGACAACACCUGGCCCGCUGUCUGCGAAAGGAUUGAGUAUUUUGGUCGAGGAAUGGCUGCUUGAAACGUUUCGGGCGCGCGCAACCUUUGAUGUGGAGGAUGCGUUGAAGAAACUUGAGGAGUUUGGGUUGCUGAAGGACAGGUGGUACGACAGGCAGCUUCGUUGUGACGUCGUCACUGCUCAACCACUUAAACGCGCCCUGACGCAAUUGCAGGAGAUGCCGCUGCAAGGCGUCGCCGGGUUGCAGCAGGGAUACAAGCUGCAAACCAUGGCCAACUGAAGUAAGUCGAACAGCUUUGUUGUGGUUGUUGUGUUUGUGUGUGUGUGUGCGUGUGUGCGUGUGCGUGUGUGUGAGCGAGUGCGUGAUUGGGUGAGUGGGUGAUUGGGUGAUUGGGUGAGAAACUUGCAUAGGGGGUGUGCACGUGUGGUCCUGCUGCCCAUUUUGUUACUUGCGGCUUCGUGCGCUGGAAAUGAAACCAGAUCGUGUAAUUGUUGAACGACCAACAACAAAAGCUUCUAAACGCAAAAUGAGACA